AUGGAGAAGUCCAGGAAGAUCUUUGUCACUGUCCUCCUGGUUCUCAUGUCUGUGGAAAUCUGUUUGGCUCAACAUUGGUCUUACGGCCUGCAACCAGGAGGAAAAAGGAACGCUGAAAACCUGGCAGAAUCAUUUCAGGAGAUUGCAAAUGAGAUGGGAAAACUAGGGGAAGUGCAGAAGACUGAAUGCCCGGGCUCGUACCAGCAUUCCAGGUUCAGUGAUCUGAAGGAAGCCAUGGAAAGUCUGAUCGAAGGAGAAGCUGAAUGA